GUUACAAACGCGACUCUCUCUCGAUCCCAAUUUCGUUGUACAGAAGAAGCAAAAGAGAAAAACACCCGACCCGGAAUCUGACCCGAAAACCCGGAAGAAUCGAAGAAUGGGGAAAGAUGGUCUGAGCGACGAUCAGGUCUCAUCGAUGAAGGAAGCCUUCAUGCUAUUCGACACCGACGGCGACGGCAAAAUCGCGCCGUCAGAGCUCGGGAUCCUCAUGCGAUCUCUCGGCGGAAACCCGACCCAAGCCCAGCUGAAAUCCAUAAUCGCAUCGGAAAACCUCUCUUCUCCGUUUGAUUUCAACAGAUUCCUCGAUCUCAUGGCGAAACACCUAAAGACGGAACCUUUCGAUCGCCAGCUUCGUGACGCAUUCAAAGUGCUCGAUAAGGAAGGUACAGGGUUCGUGGCUGUAGCGGAUCUGAGGCAUAUUCUCACCAGUAUUGGAGAGAAGCUGGAGCCUAAUGAGUUCGAUGAGUGGAUCAAGGAGGUGGAUGUUGGAUCCGAUGGGAAGAUCCGGUAUGAAGAUUUCAUAGCAAGGAUGGUCGCUAAGUGAGAUCUAUAAUCUUUGUUUUGAAAAUUUGAAACUUUUAAGAAGAGAUUCUUUGUUUUUUCACCUGUUUGUUUGAUUUCGAGCGAAUCCUAGCUAGGGUUUGUUUUAUCAUUGUGGUUUUUGCUUACUAACUUUAUCUUCUUCAUGUUUGUUUUCAUUUUUCAAUGGAAAUGUUGUCUGUGUGAUUCCUCUUUAUCUUAUCUAAUCUCUAAGAAUGUCAAGAUUUGUCCUU